AUGCCAAAAAUUCAUGAUUUUUGCGCAAGAAUUCAAAAUGCCUUUCGAGCUAAUCAUCAGUAUGUAGUAGUUCCAGAAACAAAAAUGAAUUUGAGCCUUGCUUCAAUAUUGUGUCGAGAAGGAUUUGUUUCUUCAGUCCAACGUGGAAAUCAUGUUAAACCUGAUGAACAACCUACUCAGACAACACCAGAAAACAUUCCAACCCGAAGAUAUUGGCUCAAACUUAAAUACUCUGAUAAUCAACCAGUAUUAGAACAGAUGAAAUGUGUUAGUAAAGGUUCCAAACGGGUUUAUAUGAAUGUCAGUGAACUACAGGAUUUGUCUUCUGGAAAAAGAGCUAAAUUCAUCCAACCAUUACAACUUGGUGAAAUUAUUAUUGUUAGCACAGCAAAAGGUGUUUUAGAAAUUAAAGAUGCUAUUGGGUUAAAGGCUGGUGGUGAAGUCUCUGGAGCUUCUUGGAACUUACCUUCUCCAAUAACAGGUGGAAAGAGUUCACCUUCAAAACCUACUUCUGUUGUAGUAUUACCAACAAAUUCAAACACACAAUCUCUUACAGUUUUAGACAAUAGAACUAAUAAAAUUUAUGAAAUUCCAAUUGAGAACAAUACAAUACCUGCCAUCAAAUUCAAGGAAAUGACGGCAGAUCCAAUGCCAAAUUCUCGCGAGGAGGAUGAAAGUGGUAAAGGUUUAAGAGUUUAUGAUCCAGCAUUUCAAAAUACAGCCGUUGCAAAAUCAAAAAUUACUUAUAUUAAUGGUGAUGCUGGUGUUUUAAGAUAUCGUGGAUAUCCAAUCGAACAACUUGCUGAGAAAUCUACAUAUCUUGAAGUUGCUUAUUUAUUAAUUUAUGGAGAACUUCCCACUAAACAACAAUUUGAAAAUUUUAGUCAUGAAGUUAUGCAUCACACAUUUGUUCACUUUAAUGUGACUGAAUUAAUGCGUAAAUUUAAUUAUAAUGCUCAUCCCAUGGGAAUGUUUGUUAGUGGAGUUGCUGCUAUGAGCACUUUUCACCCUGACGCUAAUCCAGCUUUAGUUGGAUCAGAUUUGUUUAUUCGUGAUGAAAAAACUCGUAAUAAACAAAUAUUUAGACUUUUGGGUAAAACGCCAACUCUAGCAGCAAUGGCAUAUCGUCAUCGUAUUGGAAGACAAUACAAUGUUCCACAAAAUAAUCUUUCAUACACAGAAAACUUUUUAUACAUGCUUGAUCACUUGUCCGAAGAGAAUUACAAACCAAACCCAAAAUUAGCUCGAGCUUUAGAUAUUCUAUUUAUUCUUCAUGCAGAUCAUGAAUUAAAUUGCUCGACCGCAGCAAUGAGACAUAUAGGUUCAUCACUUGUUGAUCCUUAUAGCGCAAUUUCAGGUGCAUCUACUGCAUUGUAUGGACCACUUCAUGGAGGUGCAAAUGAGGCAGUAUUGAGAAUGUUGGAAGAAAUUGGUUCAAAAGAAAAUGUAUCAGGAUUCUUGGAAGAAGUUAAACAAAGGAAAAGAAAGUUGUUCGGAUUUGGUCAUAGGGUUUAUAAAAAUUAUGAUCCUAGAGCAAAAAUUAUCAGAAAGAUUGCUUUUGAGGUGUUUGAUGUAUGCGGACGCGAACCACUUAUAGAUGUAGCUGUUGAAUUAGAAAAAGCAGCUUUGGAAGAUGAUUAUUUUGUUACAAGAAAACUUUAUCCAAAUGUUGACUUUUAUUCUGGAUUAAUUUAUAAAGCCAUGGGUUUUCCAACUGAUAUGUUUCCAGUAUUGUUUGCAAUCCCAAGAGUUUCAGGUUGGCUAGCUCAUUGGAAAGAAUCAUUAGAAGAUAAAGAAACAAAAAUUUGGAGACCAAGACAAGUUUACGUUGGUUCAAGUGUCAGAUCUUACGUUCCUUUGGAUUCAAGAGAACAAAUUAAUAAUGAUGGUAUUGAAGUUGCUCAUCAAUUUAGUAAAAGAAGUCAAGUUGCUGGAUAUGACAAUAAACACGAACCAAUUAUUUUCUCAAAAUUAUAA